AUGUCUGCAUUGUUUAACUUCGAAUCAUUUCUAAGACUUGCAAUUCUAAUGAUAUGCACCUCAACGUAUCUAAAGAGAAAGUUCCCCACAAUCUUUUCCAAGAAAAAUGGAUGGUACUCCCUUUUGUACAAAUGCUGCAUUAUCGGGGAACGACUUUCCCCCUUUGUCGGAAUACUUUGUUUGUUCUUUGGUUUGAAAAGACUUGUAAACUUUUUU